AUGCAAGACCUGUCUUCUGUGCAGCGUCAUUUGCGCUCAUUAGAGGAACGUGCCAUGAGAUUGAAGACAAUGCCUCUUGCAUUAUCUGACACAACAAGUAUCGACGUAAAUUCCGCAGAGAGAAAAGAGCUGUUCAAUGGGGCAAAGGAAAUCGUGGAUACCCUACGAAUGGCGGUAGAACAAAAAAAGAUCAAUCCUUCUGGGAAACACGGACGUGCCUUAUCAUCCAUUCUUGGCAGUAUACUUGGCAUCUAUUCUGCGUCUUAUCACGAUGACAGAGACUACUCUAUUUUUGAGGAAUGUUUAUGGGUUCUGGUGCUUCUCGACGACUGGAAUCUUAACCGUCAGGAACCACACUAUCAGAACGCCAUUGUUGUGGGUGUGCACGAGAAGCGCUGGAAACUUGCUGCUGAGCUCUUUCUUCAACAGAUCGAUCGAGAUGCAUCUGGAUUUUGCCCCAUGAGCUUUGUUUCUGUCUCAUCACCAGUAGGGUUGUACGCUGUUGCGAGAGAUGCACAGGAAUCUGGAAAGAGUGUAGUUGACUCGGUGAUGGAAGCAGUCACCAGUCUGUCUCUCAUCUCUCCAACAGACAAAGAUCGGCACAUGCUCGCCGCGGGAACGGCAAUCGGUCUAGCUGGCGAGUGGGAAGGUUUGGUGUCGUAUCUGAAGGAGAACUCAGGUGAAGGUGUCCCUGGUCAGCCCCUGGUUGCUGCAGCCAUGCAUGCAUGCUUGCUGUGCAACAGGCACGAAGAGGCAAACGAAGUCUUUCGUACUCUCACGGAUGGUAACCUUGCCAUUUCGUCCGAGUUCCACUGGGGUGGAGGGCAAGACACCACGUUUCCGUUGUGUCGAGACUUGGCAAUGCGCGCAUUUGCUAAAUGUGGAAGCGGCUCUGAAGCAAUGGCGAUGCUACGUCAAGCCCUAGAGGAGGAACGUGCUGUAAGCGAAGUUGCUCUUCAUGGCGUCUUCAGCGCUUUGGAACGAGAUGAAGAGUGGAGAGAUGCUGUGGACUUGCUCUUUAGACUGUGGGCAGACGACACGAGUAUUCAUGUGGUUCCCGGUGCCGAAUUGGAAAUCCCUAGCGUAGAGGACACAGAACCCAAUGGCGAGUUCCAACGAAGCCUUAUUGAUCAUGGGAGCGUCUUGUCCUGCGUAAUGCGGGCCUGCAACACAGCCGGUGAAUUUGGAGUGGCCCUUCUUUGUUUCAUGCUAGUGGAUGUAUCUCUGGCGAGUUCGCGGGGGCAUGAAAGUUCAGGAGGAAUGAUGACCAUGCAGGGGUUGCUUCGCGAAGUCAAUGAUGCCAACGAACUUCUUUCUGCAGCGAUGAUAGCGUUGUGCGGCGUAGAGAGCUUCGAACAAGCGCAAACUCUAUUUGAUCUAACAAUGGAACGUGAGAAUGAGUUUGACCAAACAUCAGACGCGUUUGUCGAAGCCGAGCAAGUAUAUCACUAUGCUCAAGCGUGCGCAAACUCGUCUCCAGAUCAAAGGCGAUGGGCUACCUGUCAACGCCACUCGGACAGGAUCUUGAGAGCUCUUCGUGCAAUCAGAAUGAGAGGUGAACAGCUUGAUCCAGACCAGCUCUAUGUUUUGGGUUCAGCCUUAGCCAUGGUGCUCCGUUCAUGUACAGAAGCGAGUCAACCAGCAGCUGGUAUCAUACUUUCUGACUAUGCUACAGCCGAGCUUGCUAGAUUCGCUCCGAAGACCUCUGGUAGUCAUUUCUCGCUGGGAGGUGAGAAGAAAGAUAUUGGCGGAGAGCGGCAACACAGAGGAAGCGGCUGCUUUAUUUCGGCGGCACGUCGAAUCAACCCGAGGCGACAACAUUGA